CUUAUCAGGGGUGGAUUCAUGUACACAAGAGAGGUCUACCUGACUGACUGCGCGAGCGUGUGUUUGUGCGUGGCUUCAACCCUGAGCGGAACAUCUGUCAGGGACCCAAGUACACACUCGGUCCAUCGUGAUGGAACGAGGCUUCGGGUACGCGCGCGAGAGGCCCGCUGGCGUCUGGCAAGAUUACCCUCCCCGAGACUGGAACGAAGGCCCUUAUUACCGCGACCCUCAGAGACGCUACCCUAGACACGCACAGCAAGCGCAAUACUAUGCCCCUGAGGAGAGGGUGAGAGGACGUAGGUAUGACUCACCCUUCGAGGAAACAAAGGUCGCUCGCGGUCAACGCGAAGAGCAUGACCUCCAGAAAGAGUUCGGGUUCUCGUACACCUCCGGCAUUCGCGAAAUGCAGGACAUCAAAACCAGGCAAAAGUACCGGCAGCUUCGCGACCACGAGAGACGCCAGGCCGCCUUUGACCGCCAGCACGAGCGAAGGAGCCAUGAAAACGUCCCUUAUUAUGUAAAUGGAUUUCAAGAUACAGUGCAGCACCCACGGAGAGAAUUUUUCCAAGAGUGGAACAGAGGCAGACGCGAAAGAUCACCGAGUCCCAGGCGGAAUGGAGCGCGGAGAGGCCGUGAAGACUUCGACGCAUUCGUGCAGCCGCGCCCAUACCACGGCAGGGCAUCGCCCCCGCACUACAGGCAGCCAGAGCCUGCGAAGAGGACCAAUCCCAACCUCAGCUUCGAGCACCGUUCCCGACAGAUGCCUUUAAGGAGCUACAGCCCCACAGGCCAAGAGCAGAGGAGACCGAAUCUCGACAGACAGGCCUUUCGCCCGCGUUCGAACUCGCUCGAAAGUUACUGGGGCCCAGCAACCUCGCCCACUGAUUCGAACGAGUUUUUUGCGGAUGCUUACAACGAAUCGAACGCCUCCAGCCCGACGCAGCAGCCACCGCCCGUAUUCCAGCAACAGCCCCGCGAAAAGGCGAAGGCAGGACAGCGCUCGCAGGCUCAGCAACCUUUCAUACCGCAGCCCGACUAUACAUGGCACAAGAAGAAAAAGCGGUUCCCCAUUCAGCACCCGGAUUACCCUUUUUAAUUUUUGUGUAAGCUACUCGAGUACGAUUGAACAUAUUUUAGUACAGGUUUGCAACGUACAAAGUGUAUUUAGGUUUAGAUCCCCUCGGUGAAACUAUACCCAAUUAGCAAAUAUGUAUCUUAUAUUGUGAAUAAAUGCAUAAUGUGUAA